UGCACUGUCACUUUAAGCUGGCAUUCCCCGAUACAAAGCAACCGAACACAAAUACCUGGAGACCUUUGGUACCAUACAGUGACGGAGGUGUAUGUGUAUGGGGACACAGGGUGACACGCACUCACAAGGACUCUACGUGACAAUCCAGGGAGGAAUUACUAGUGGCUGCAGCUGACCUUAAUCCACUGAGCAAGUGAUGAUAAAAUGAGAUGAAAUCAGGUCACAGGAUUCUUGCAUGGUGAGGUGGCGUGAAGAUAUGAGACGCUUUACCAGAGAAAAAGAAGGCAUCAUGGGAGUUGACACAUGCACUUCAACACAGGUCUUUGGAAUGAGACAGCAGACCAUAGAGGAGAAUGAGGCUGAUGAAGAUGUCAUGGAAGAGUGUGGGCAGCCUCGAUACAUCCCUAUCCGCAGACACUCUCGUUUUUACACCUCCAUGAGAGCAAGAAAGUAUCGGAAGGACAGAGUUUCUAGCAGGGAGGGGAUGGAAAUACAGACACAGAGUGGUGGUGGUGGGCACCAAGGGCACAGAGAACCGAACAGUAUUCGUUUGAAUGUGGAGACCAAAUCCUCAUCUGUAUACAGGGAAUAUCCUCACUCUGAAGAUUCUAACAAUCCUAUAGCAGACAGUCCCUCCUCUACUGACUGUGCCACCCCUACCCCAGAGGCACUGCCAACCAUCUACCCUGCGCCAGCAGAUUCAUGGAAAACCUUAAUAGGAGACGUAGAGUUCCUGUACCAGGAAUACAGAGAUAAAUCCACACAACAUGAGAUUCAAGCUCGAAGACUUCAGGACAGUUAUCCACAACCCGCUAAAACGCCAGAUAGCCCUAAAUCACCACAAGAGGGAUCACCACCAUCUAUAGAACAUCACCGGUCUAACUCAACGCUGAGCCGCUUGCAGAAUACAUGUUCUGGCUUCAACCUGUGGCAGGACUUGCCAGAAAUCAAAAAUAGCAGAGUUCUGACCGUACUGCAGCCACAGGAAGUCAAACUUCAAGAAGCCAUGUUUGAACUGGUGACUUCUGAAGCAUCUUAUUACAAGAGCCUGCGCCUUCUUGUGUCCCAUUUUAUGGAGAGUGAGAGGCUUAAAGCUACUCUGCACCCUUCAGAAAUACACUUCAUAUUCUCCAAUGUACUGGAGGUCCUAUCCACAAGUGAAAGGUUUCUUCUGGAUUUGGAACAAAGAUUUGAGGAGAAUUUGGUGAUUUCAGAUGUCUGUGACAUUGUAUUCAAGCAUGCAGUCAAUCAUUUUGGGGUCUACGUCACCUACGUCUGCAACCAGACCUAUCAAGAGAGAGCAUACAGGAAGUUGCUUCAAGAAAGGACAGAAUUCCGGGAAGCAGUAGCACAUCUGGAGACAAAUCCUAUUUGCAAAGGCCUUCCAUUUUCCUCUUUCCUUAUCCUGCCCUUUCAGAGGAUCACACGCCUGAAACUUCUGGUACAGAAUAUCUUAACUAAAGUCGAGGAGGGCUCAGAGCGAGAGGCAUCAGCACUUCAAGCACACCGCGAACUGGAGAAACUUGUACGAGCCUGUAAUGAUGGAGUCAGGAAGAUGAGUCGUACAGAGCAGCUUAUCAGCAUAGAGAAGACACUUGAAUUUAAGAUCAAGUCUGUACCCAUCAUCUCUCACUCACGAUGGCUAUUAAAGCAGGGUGAACUACAACAAAUGUCAGGACCGCGCACAUCCCGCACUCUCCGCACGAAGAAACUCUUCCGCCCAGUUUAUCUCUUCCUCUUCAACGAUUUGCUCCUCCUCUGCAAACGUCAGCCUGGGGAUCGGUAUCAGGUGUUUGACGUUGCAGCACGUGGCCUCCUGCGUGUAGAAGAGUUGGAAGACCAGGGCCAGACCCUCGCCAAUGUGUUUAUCCUGAGACUGCUGGAGAAUGCACAUGAGAGGGAGUUUACAUAUAUGCUAAAGGCUUCAUCCCAGAGUGAAAUGAAACGAUGGAUGACAUCAUUAGUUCCAAACCGAAGAACAAAAUUUGUUUCUGUUACUACUCGAGUUUUUGACUGCCCGCAAGUGCAAUGCGUCCAUCCAUACAUUGCCCAGGAGCCAGACGAGCUGUCUCUGGACCUGGCAGACCUGCUCAAUGUCCAGGACAGGACAGAUGACGGUUGGGUUUACGGAGAACGCUUGCAUGACCAAGAAAGGGGCUGGUUCCCCAGCUCGGUGGCAGAGGAAAUCCUGAACAAAGACAUCAGGACGCAGAACCUGAAGGAAUGUUUCCGGGUGCACAAAUCUGAUGAUGGCAGCCAGAACAAAGACCGGCGGAAGAUGGGAAGCCGGACGCGGCAGUGACCCCUGGCAAUGGAAUGGGGAGCCAGCAUGCAUUGGGGGCUGGGCUGGGAGGAAGAGCGGUGUGUCUGUGACGCGAUGCAAAUAUUCUAUAUAAAUAUAUGUAUAUUAUCUACAAA